GAACAAGCCCAGCCUUCUUCGUCUUCCCUUAUCGACAGUGAAGAGAGCGAGAUGUUAGGUUUUGAAAAAUGAAUAGAAAACAGAGCAGGUGAACACAGGCAGCGAAGGAUAGUGGAGAACCUGAGAAGGAGGAAUCCGCAAAUCCAGGUUCCGUGAAGCAAGAAAAAACAAAAUAAAAAGAAGCGAGAGAAGAAAGCAGAAGAGACGCGGGGAGACUGGGAGGAGUGACUGGAAGAUUGCUUCAGUGAGGAUGGAGAUUUAGUGAAAAUAAGCAGCGUGAAGAAAGACUCGAGACAACAUUUUUUGCAUCUAAGCUCACACCAAGUUGCCAUGCGAGGGAUAAUUAAUUGACCAGUUUAUAAUCACUGGAAUAGUUAUGGCCUAUGGUGGUGGUGCCAUGGGUGCGCCAGCGAUGGGCGCCUCCGCUAUAAAGCAGGUAAAACUGGAGAAGGAGAGUGAGCUCAGAAUCGAGGUUGCCAAUGACGCAACGCUUCGUCUCCGCCUCCUUACUGGCACCGCCGAGAUUUUUGGCUCCGAGUUGCCACCGGAAAUAUGGCUCACAUUUCCGCCUCGCCUCAAAUUCGCCGUUUUCACUUGGUACGGAGCCACAAUCGAAAUGGAUGGCGCUGUUGAAACUGACUAUACAGCAGACGAGACACCCAUGGUCAGCUACGUAAAUGUGCAUGCUGUACUGGAAGGACGAAGGAACCGUGCUAAAGCAUCAUCUUCCAAUGAUUCUGAUGCUUCUCAGGUAUUUUAUAUCCUCUUACGGGUGCUAUCUAAUAAUUGAUUGUAAAUAGUUUAC